CGCCGCCGCACCUCCGCCCCGGCACUGCCGCUCUGCGCCGCGGCCGGGGGGCGCUGCUCCUCGCCCGGAGAAACUUUGCACCCCCCCGGGGUCGUGGCGGGGGCCGUGGGCAUCAAAACAAUGAUUCCUCCAGGGGAAUGCCUAUAUGCUGGGAGGAAAAGGAGGAAACCCAUUCAGAAACAAAGGCCUGCAGUUGGGAAUGAAAAAUCAAAUCCUUCGAAGAGACACAGGGACCGUCUGAACGCAGAACUGGACCAUCUGGCCAGCCUCCUGCCUUUCCCACCUGACAUCAUAUCGAAGCUGGACAAACUUUCCGUCUUGCGCCUCAGUGUCAGCUAUCUCCGAGUCAAAAGUUUCUUUCAAGCCAUUCAAGAAAAGCACUUUAAGAAGCAAGUUGGCCCAACGAUAAAAGAGGACAAUGUGUCUAACAAGACUGCUGUACAAGAAGGUGGACUUCUACUAGAAUCACUGAAUGGUUUUGCAUUGGUGGUGAGUGCAGAUGGGAUGAUAUUUUAUGCCUCAUCGACGAUUGUGGACUAUCUAGGGUUUCAUCAGACUGAUGUAAUGCACCAAAACAUAUACGAUUACAUUCAUGUGGAUGAUCGCCAGGAUUUCUGUAGACAACUGCACUGGGCCAUGAAUCCUCCCCAGAUGUUGUCUGGACAGCAACUACAGACAGAAACAGGAGAAGAGUAUAUUCUCAGUAAAUUGUUUAAAGCACAGGAAAAUGACAGCACGACAGCAGAUUAUUCUUCCUUCUUAACUCGUUGUUUCAUCUGUCGAGUUCGCUGCUUGUUGGACAGUACUUCUGGCUUCCUUACAAUGCAGUUCCAAGGCAAACUAAAGUUUCUUUUUGGACAAAGGAAGAAGUCCUCAUCAGGAACAGUAUUGCCACCUCAGCUGUCCUUAUUCUGCAUAGUGGUACCACUUCUGCUGCCUUCCAUGACAGAGAUGAAGAUGAAAAACCUGCUUGUGAAAGCAAAACACAAAGCUGAUGAUGCAGCAGCAGUGAAUGCAAACUCCAGUUCCAAAGGUAAUUCCAGUCUGUGUGAAGCGGCAGAAUUAUAUGGAAGAAACAGUCAUCAUGAAGGUGCAACUUUCACUAAUGUGUUACAGAUUGCUGAAAACCAAAUCAAAGCAAAGAAUAAUGGAGAAAAUGGCAUUUCUCUGGUCAAAGUACAAACAAAUGAAGAUCACUGGGUCUGGGUUCAAGCUAACACUCAACUUCUGUAUCGAAGUGGUUGUUCAGAGUAUGUUCUUGCCCAGCAGCAAAUGUUAAAGGAAGAAGAUGAUCAACUGAAGAUACCAAGCGGUUUUGCCAGUUUGAAAGGAAACCUGGAGGGACUUUCCUAUAACAGUGCCAUUGAAACCCUGGGCCAGUGGAAGCAUCUUAACUGGACAGCAGUAAAAAAUGAACAGGAUAACGUAAAAGUGAAGUUUGAACCUCAUACAAAUGGUGAGUGUUUUAUGCAAGAGGAACCUCUCAGUUCUAACACAUCUGUUUUAGGUGUUCAGAACAACUGCACCACAACCAGUAGCUGGACUUUAAGAAACUCAAGCUCUUGUUCAAUGAGCCAGCGAAUGAACACAUGUUCAAACAGGAGAGCUGGACCAUUCUACAACAGAGACCAAAGUUUCUUAAAUUUAGCAUCAACUUGCCCUUCCCAUUGGGGGAGUGCAGAAAGCUGCCAGUCUUACUCCAGCGUGCAACAGCGUUGUGCAGAGAACUAUGCGACGGACCAUCUGAAACUGCAGAGACCCUUAAUAUCCUCAGAGUCUCUCUAUGAGGCAGCCUUUCCCUUAGAGAUGCCUGUCAAAACGGAAUAUGAUUCCGAUUCCGAAAACAUUGCCGAUAACUACCUGACGUCGCAAAACCGAGCCUGGCUGGAUGAGAACGGCUCGGUGCGAAGGCAGGUGUUUAGCUACCCCAAUAGAGUGCACCUCAAAACAGAACCGGACCUCUGUGAGCCAGCCUCACCUUGCCAGAAGCCACGGCACUGCCUUUACACGCCGCAUAAUUGGCAAUGCAUCGUAGCAAAUCACCCCAACAACCUAGCCCUGAACAGAUCUUGCAAGGGUUCGCGUAGCAAGGAGGUGGCCCCAUUUUGCCCUCAGAACUCCUCCGGGUGUUUGGAAAGCGUGCCUGACCUGCCGCACACGGCGUGCUACGGCCACUUCUACAGCCCCAGCCCAGGGGAGGAGAAAGAGCAGAGUAACGAGGUUUUUAAAAUGUCAUGUGAAUUUAAAAACCCCUGCUUGGUUCAAGCAAUCAAGCGUGAGCCCCUGGAUUCUCCACCAUUGUCCAGCAGUGGACAGAACAGAGUACACGUGAGCUUCCCUGAAAAUACAUUAGCAGGUCCUGUGCCUCAUAAAACCACUGAAUGUACAUUUUUACAGUAGAUUUAAUAACAUUUGGAAUAUUUAUAAUGUUAAAAGCAAGAAGUUGUAGAUUCUCUCCCAGUUGGGUUAAAGGAGUUACUAAAAUUAAAAGUCAGUGGAAAGAUUUUGAGUGUGUGUCUGUGCACCUGUGUGUGAGAAAAAUCAGACACAGAUGCACACACCCUUCACCCCCCAUGCCCCUCACUGCCCCCUGCUCUUAGGGAUCUUUGGAAAGAAAGAAAGAAAAAACUUCAGGCACAGAAAAAUGAUCAUUACUCACUGCACAGAUAUACCUGCUAAUUUGUCUUUAUCAUCUUUCCUCUCUUGUCUACAGUUCAUUACCAAGGUCUAGCUGUUUCUAUUUCCUGCCUUUGUUCUGUUUGUUUUUCUCAAACUGAUGUGAUGCCUCUGUGCAAAGAGAAAAUGUUUAUGGUCCUCAUUGUGGGCAGUUUACCUUACGAGUUUUUGCAUUUUUGGUUUUUUUGCUGCUCUAAUAGGAAGCAUCAGCUAUUCCUUCAUCUCAACAUAAACAAAUGGCAACUGGCAAGGGCUUUCCAACACAACUUCUUAAUUUAAAAACAUAGCAUUAAUUAAAGCAAAUGACUUCCACAAAAUGCAUUAGAAAUUCUUUCACUUCAAACUGAAGUUCUUCACAAGUUUUCUUGAUAAUCCUUAUGUUUUAGUUCACAUGUUUUUCCAUUUUAAAGCCAUCAGCCUUUCAUGUUGCUGUUUGAAAAACUGAAAAAUGGGAUGUUAUACACUUCCAUAAUGAGUGACAAAGUGCUGUUGAAUGUCCAUGACAGGAAAAUAUUUCUCCAAUUAUUUUCCUUGCUGUUACUUGUAGCAUCAACAAGGGAAAUGCACUUUUUAAUUUGAUGGUAUCUCAUUGACUGCUAGAAGCUUGUUAAACAUGACAUCAAAACCAAGUCCCACACUAAGAUUAGAUGUGUUGUUUUCAAAAGCAUCCUAGUUUCAUUCUCAAAAGAAAAGCUUAAUCUCACCGAGAGCUAACUGGAGGAUGCAUACCUUUCAAAAGCGCUCUGGUGCACUUUGGCACUUUUGAAAACAGAUUCAUAUGCUUUCCUUUUAACCCAGACAGUAAAGUAUUUUCACACAAAAAAUAAUCUACAACUUCUGUUUUGGUUUAUGUUGUUGUUGUAGUUUGACUCCUGCACUAACUUUUAUUUGAAAAUUGCACUAUUUCAACUUUAUAUCAACUUCACCUAUAUAAAAACCACAUCAUUUAAAAAAAGCAUAGAUGUAUAUGUGCUUUCUGAA